UUAUACUAAGUAAUUUAAGUCGAGCUGAAAUUUUAAAGGUUCACGAUGUUUUAGUUGACGUUGUCAAUAUUGUGUCUUAAGAGCAUACAAUUUUAUUUUCGAGCUUAUUUCUUUUUUUUAACAAAGUUCGUUGCUGUUGUAAAGUGAAAAUGAGUGACAAAGCUAUACCAGUUCGAGUGGCGGUGAGAAUACGGCCUUUAGUACCCAAAGAAAUAACAGAGGGAUCCCAACAUUUUAUAACCAAAGUUCCCAAUCAACCCCAAGUGACAAUCAAGGGUUCAAAUGAAGCAUUCACCUAUGACUAUGUGUUUGGUCCAGACGAAAGUCAAAGCCAAGUGUAUGACACAGCUGUCACUAAAAUUGUGGGGAAAAUUUUUAAAGGCUACAAUGUUACCAUUUUGGCGUACGGCCAAACUGGCUCUGGAAAGACCUUCUCCAUGGGAACUGCUGACAUGGUGAGCACAACAAGUGCAGUUCUAACCGAUAACAGUGGAAUUAUCCAACGGGCGGUGAAAGAUUUAUUCCAAAAAAUGGGGGAAGAUGCAAGUCUUACGUUUGAUAUUAAUGUCUCUUUUCUUGAGCUCUAUAUGGAAAAAGUAUAUGACCUUUUGUCAAAGUCUAGGAAUGAAGAAGUAGAUAUUAGAGAAGAUCCAAAAAAUGGAAUCAAAAUUAAUGGUCUAACUGAAACCCCAGUUUCCACAUGGGAAGAAACAUUAAAGUGUCUAGAAAAUGGUUCGUUGAACAGGCGCACAGGAGCAACUGCUAUGAAUCACCAGAGCAGUCGAUCGCACGCCAUUUUUACUCUUACCAUAAAUCAAAUUAACAAAGAUAGUUCGUCAAUCGUUAAAACCUCAAAAUUUCAUUUGGUUGAUCUCGCGGGAUCUGAGAGAGCCAGUAAAACGCAUGCAGUUGGGGAGAGAUUCGCAGAAGGAGUCAACAUUAAUAAAGGACUGCUGUCUUUAGGAAAUGUCAUUAGUGCACUAUGUGAAAGCAAUCCCAGGCAUAUUCCUUACAGAGAUUCUAAACUUACGCGGCUUCUUCAAGAUUCUCUUGGCGGUAAUUCUCAUACCUUGAUGAUUGCCUGCGUGAGUCCAGCCGACUCGAACUACGAGGAAACACUGAGCACGCUGCGAUACGCUGACCGCGCUAGAAAAAUUAAAAACAAACCAAUUGUUAAUCAAGAUCCGACAAUUGUAGAAGUGAUGGCACUACGAGCUCAAGUCCAGCAGCUUUUGGCAGCAAAUAAUAACGGAAGUACAAGCUUUGCUGAAGUUGAACAACUUCGACAGCAACUUAAAUUUGCAGAAGAAGAGAAGAUACAUCUCACCCGUGCCCUUCAGUUGGCGUUGGAAGAGAACACAAACAUGUGCGAGAAAGCACUGCUGGCAGAUGCUGCCAACAUGCAAAUGAAACAGAGACUGGAAGAAUUACAGAUGCAAGCCGUGAACUUAGAUCGAACACUUGGAGCCAUGAAUCAAACUUUUAAUGAUACUGGCGACUUGAGUAUCCCGAAAGCAAUAGAGCAAAUGUUGAAUUUGAAGUCUAAAAUUGAUGAAAUCCAAGAUGUCCAAAGGAAGGGUGAGAUUGAACAGGUCAACCACGACAUGCAGAGUUGUAUCGGAUCCGACAAGGAAAACAAAGACAGUGAUUCCGAAUCGACUGGCUCUCCUAGACGUCUGUCAAAGUUGGGAGCUGACAUGGCACUCAGACAAGCUGCUUUGAGUAACGAUCUGAAGGAGCUUAACGCCCAGUUGGCUCUUAAAGUUCAUAUGGUCAAUAAAAUGACUCAAGAUCAAGAAGGCCCAUACAGUACAGUUAAAGCUCAUUAUGAUGCAACAGUGAGCGAGCUGGAAAAUCAAAUCGCAGCUUUGCAACAAGAAAAGGAAGAACUAGCUAGCCUCUUAGCACAAGUUAGUGGCAAUGUCAACGCAUGUAAAAUAUCCGAGCAACGAAGGAAGCGGCUACAGGAACUCGAACCGCAAAUCAACGAGUUGAAAAAGAAAAUCCAGGAACAAGCUAAUAUCAUCAAACUUAAACAGAGAACUGAAGAGCAGUUGAAAAAGUUCAACAACGAUAUUCAAGCGAUGCGGGCACAAAAAGUGAAGCUUGUACGGCAAAUGCGAGAAGAGAAUGAAAAAUUUAGGACAUGGCGCCAGCAAAAAGACCGUGAGGUAGCUCGACUUAAAGAUCAGGACCGCAAACGCCAAGGCCAACUCCAAAAAAUGGAAGUGCUGCAUGCCAAACAACAAAAUGUUCUUCGGCGCAAAAUGGAAGAUGCCAUGGCUGUCACCAAGCGGCUAAAAGAAGCCCUUAGCUUGCAGUCAACAAAACCAAACAAAUCUUCAAGUACUUCGACUACAUCUGAAAACGAUCAGCGAAUCAAAACUUGGUUGCUGGGCGAACUCAAUUUGCUUGUCAAAACCAAAGAAGCUGAAUUGGCCCUUGAAUCCUUGAAAGAGUCUAGGCGAACUUUAGCUACACGUCAAAGCAAACUUGAAACUAAACUCGCCAGUCUUGACCAGAAUGACGCUUUCCUCCACGCUCUGAAGAGUGAAAUCGCGAAUGUUGCAGCAGAUAUAGACUUACGUAGUGAACAAAUUAACGAACUAAACCAAAAAAUUGCAGCAGCUGAUUUGGAAAACAAGGCGAAAACUAGGCUGGAUUAUUUGCAGACUAUGAUUGAAGCUAAAGUUGCAUUGAAAAUUUUGCUCGAAGAAUCUGUGGCUGCACGCGUGGAAAACUUCUCGCUCAGCUCUGAAGUAGAAGAUUUGAGGAGCGAACUUGAAGAUCUUCAACGACAACAAGACGAAGCAUUGCAUGAAAUUUCUAACUAUAAUCAGGAGAAUGUACAAAUGAAACAAAAACAUCAAUCAGAAAUAAGUAAAAUAAGUCGCGACUACGAGGAGAGGAUGUUGACUCUCAUCCGACAACUGCCACCAGUUGGACUAAAGGAAUCUGCAGAUCAUAAGAUAAGUGAAAAAGAUAUAAUGGAGCGGCUAAGGAUUCAGCAAGAGGAAUUAGAACGUUGCAGUACCUUGCAAGAACAACUGCACUCGGCAUUGAAUGAAAUCGAAACGUUAAAGCAGCAAAAACCCGCAUUGCUGGAAAUGAGGGCCCCACUUUUCCCCUCCAAACCGAAGAAGCCUAAAGCCACCCAACGCAAGCCGAGUCCCGUCUCUGUGGAUGUCGAUGAUGUGGAGGACAUUGACGACUACAAUUCGGAUGACGAUCCAGAGUGGCGCAACACUCCUAUGGCUAGACGAAUUAGGAAGCUCAAGGAGGAAGAUGAAAUUCCGCCCAAAAUGUUCGAUCUCGAGAAGCAUGCCAAGAAAGUUGCCAAGCGGUUAAGUCGUAGUCGUUGCUCGUGUAGUACGGGGGGCUGCAGAAGUUGCAUCUGUUCAAGGGAUAAUCGCGCAUGCACUAUUGACUGUGGAUGCAGAGCUUCAGGAGUUUGUAAAAAUGUUGACACAGAUAACGUUUUGAAGGAAGAUCAAAACCGGAGUCAACAACACGAAGAACAAAACCGGAUGUUGAACGAAACGUUCGACUUGGGUCGUAAAAGAAGUCAGCCUUCUUCCAAGGAAAAUUCCAGAAACGGAGAGGAUGUAGAAAAUGAUCUGUCAGGAACUCAGCCGUUGAAAAAGAGCCGUAUAGGGCUUAGUAAAUUAACUAAGAAAGGAGGCUUUUUUGAUUCGAACGCUUAAGUAUAUAUUUUUUCUUCUUAGUUUUUUAAAGGGUUUUUGGGCUUCGGUUGAAACAUGGGUCUUAAAUACAUAAAGCUAGCCUUUUGUUGUA